GUAAAAGUAGUGUAUAAACAAAUUGAAGUGCACGUAUAUAGAUGGUUGAUAUAUAUUGCAUGAUGAAUUGAGGUAGAAGUUCUCUUGCGUCACACUAAUUUAUACCUUUUAACUUUGCUAUGGUAAUUGUUGGUUUAUAAAUUAGAAGAGAAGAUAACUUAUUUCCAUCCAAAAUAAAAGGAUCUCCAUUUCUCUAGCCUCAUUCUUCUCUACAUUUAACAUAUAUAUAUAUAUAACAACUUGUUCUUCUUCUUCUUCAAUUAUCAUAACAUUAUGGAUUCAUCACAUCCUUUACACAUAGCAAUGUUUCCAUGGUUUGCCAUGGGACACCAAACAGCAUUCCUUCACCUAUCAAACAAAUUAGCAAAAAAAGGCCAUAAAAUAACAUUCUUCACACCACAAAAAGCAGAAUCAAAAUUAAAACCAUUCAAUCUCCACCCUGAAUCCAUCACCUUCAUAACUAUCACUGUCCCUCAUGUUGAUCCCCUUCCUCCCAAUUCACAAACAACAGCUGAUGUUCCUUACCCUUUACAGCCACACAUCAUGACAGCCAUGGAUUUAACUCGACCCGACAUCGAAUCUCAUCUCUUAAAUCUCAAACCUCACAUUGUCUUCUAUGAUUUCACACAUUGGAUUCCAUCUGUAACCAAAGCUUUAGGUAUCAAAUGUCUUCAUUAUUGCACAGCUAGUUCUGUCAUGGUUGGUUACACUUUAUCACCUGCUAGAUAUUCUAAGGGAAAAGAUUUAACUGAAUUUGAUCUCAUGGAACCUCCUCCUGGUUACCCUGAUUCAUCAAUCAAACUUUUUCAACAUGAAGCUAAAUCUUUUGCUGCUAAAAGGACUGAAUAUUUUGGUAGCAAUGUUCUUUUUUACGAUCGACAAUCCAUCGCUUUGAAUGAAGCUGAUGCAUUGGGAUACAGAACAUGUAGAGAAAUUGAAGGACCUUAUCUUGAUUACAUACAGAAAGUUUUUAAUAAACCUGUUCUAGCUUCAGGUCCUGUUAUACUCGAAAAACCGAAUUCAUGUUUGGAAGAAAAAGGGACUUAUGGGUUUAAUCGAUUCGAAAAAAAUUCGGUUGUUUAUUGUUGCUUUGGAAGUGAAUGUACAUUAAAGCCAGAUCAAUUUACAGAAUUGGUGCUUGGUCUUGAGUUAACAGGUAAGCCAUUUUUCGCGGCUUUGAAACCGCCUUUUGGUUUUGCAACGGUUGAAGAAGCGUUACCAGAAGGGUUUAAGAAAAGGGUUGCAGGAAAAGGUGCUGUGUUUGGUGGUUGGGUUCAACAACAAUUGAUUUUGGAACAUAGUUCUAUUGGGUGUUUUAUUACACAUUGUGGUUCAGGUUCUUUGUCAGAAGCAUUGGUGAAUAAGUGUCAAUUGGUUUUGUUGCCUAAUGUUGGUGACCAAAUUUUGAAUGCUAGGAUGAUGGGGAAUAACUUGAAAGUUGGUGUUGAAGUUGUGAAAGAUGAAAAUGGAUUUUUUACUAAGGAAAGUGUUUGUGAAGCUGUUAAAAUUGUGAUGGAUGAUGAGAAUGAAAUUAGUAAAGAAGUGAGGGGUAAUCAUGCUAAGAUAAGAGAGAUGUUGCUUAAUAAAGAUCUUGAGUCAUCUUAUAUUGAUACUUUCUGCAAGAAACUUCAAGAGAUUGUUCAGGAAAUAAUUAAUGGAGUUUUUAUGUAGUAGUAAUAGUAAUAGUUUUGGUUUCAUUUUAGUGAUUAUUUAUUAUGUAAGUGUGCAUGAAUUAAUUAAUGUUGGAUCAAGUUGUGGUCCUCAAGGGCGAGGACAUUUAAUAUAGAUUGUAUUAUAUCUUUAUGGAAUUGGUACGUACCAUAAUCUCCUGAUU